AUGGAACCAGAGCCGUCCAUUGGCGCUCUCCUCAAGGCUAUCCAAGCCCUCUCCACACAAGUUGGGUCCCUCCAGGACCAAAUCAAGUCUCAAGGCAAGCAAAUCACUCAGCUCACCGCCUUAUGCAAGGAGACCAACGACCUCGUUGGAGACAAGGACCAGGGCGGAGCCCAAACCAAGCCUGGCCCAUCGACUGGGCCUGUCACCCCUCCUACCCACUCAGGAGGGGAAACCCACACUCCAGGCACGGUUAGGCCUGGGCUCAAGGCUCCCUUCCGCCCUUCAAGGGGUACAGGAUUUGACUCCAAGGAAGAAGAAGAGCCAAGGCGACCAAAAAAGGAGCCUCAGGGAACGCCUAGGCAAUCACUCAGCUCCCUCACCCCCUUCAACGCAGGGUCCAGCAUAAAAAGGCCCAAAAUGGACCUCCCCAACCCUUAUAAAGGAGACACCAGGGGACGCAAAGCUACACAAUGGCUGGAUCGUAUGCUGCUUUGGGUAGCCCUCCAUUGCAAUCAAUUUGAUGAGGAGGAACAAAUGGUUGUAUGGAUCCUGUACCAUAUGACUGAUAAGGCUGCCAAUUGGGCUCUCCCCAUUAUAGGGACGAUUAUCAAGGGCGAGGGGAAUCCCCCUACCACCAUCACGGCCUUAACGGCCAAAUUCAAGGAGGCAUUUGCAGACCCUGAUGCCAAAAGGGCGGCUGCCAGAAAGAUCGCCGCGCUAACUCAGACCACCACCACGGCUGAGUAUGUCACCAAGUUCCGCAAUCUUAUGGCGGAACUUGACUGGAAUGAGGAGGCGUACAUCGCCCAAUUCACGUGCGGCCUCCAAUGGAAGGUCAAGGAACUCCUGUCUACCAAAGACAACAUCCCCGACGAGUUGGAGGCUAUCUUUGCCGCCUCCAUCAAAAUUGACAACAUCUGUCGGGAGAACGAGGAGAACCGCCCAAAGAAGGUUCCAACCAAGGCCCCGGUCACCGCGACCACCACCACUACCACUAGGGUCCGCCUAUCAGAGGACCCCAAUUACGUCACACCAGAGGAACGGGACCGCCGCCGCGCAUCAGGACUGUGCGUUAAAUGCGGCCAAAAAGGGCAUGGGAUCAAGCAGUGCCCCAAUGGUUGGAAAGCCACUCCCAAGGAAACUGCCAAGGUAGCCCAGGACGAGUCGGAAAAAGAGUAA